CUUAUAUCCACUCCAACAGCCUCAGCAGCACCAAAUCCUCCUGCUUAUCUGCCUCUAUUCCUCUGCGUCUUGUUAUGAACAGGCCAAAUCUGAAAAGAAACAGCACUGAUGUCUCUGAUGAUGAAGAAUCCACAAACCCUCCUCCAAAUUCCAUAAACCUCACUCAUACUUCAACUUCGUCCUCAAUAUCCUCUUCAUCACCUUUAUCUGCUUUGCCUAACAUAUCGAAUGCUCAUAUAUCUCAUCCUUCCAAUACACCCUCUUUGCCUUCAAAACGUCAGAGAAUCAAAAAGGCCUGCGAACCUUGCCACAAUAGAAAGACAAAAUGUACUGGUGACUUUCCAUGCAACUACUGUUUGUAUGUCAUCAAGAAACCUGAGUCUUGCGUUCCUCAUCAGCAUAAAAACGAAAUUGCAAAAGACAUUGUUGUUAAGGAUACUCACUUUAACAAAUUGAAAAAUGAUAAUAGAACUCUAAGGUUGCAAUUACAGGAUUUGAAAAAUCAAUUACUCACUUAUAGAAAUUUUUCAAAUAAAAAUUACAUUAAUAGUGUCAAUGUUAUCAAUACUACUCCUACCACUAAUAAUAAUAAUAAUAAUAAUAAUAAUAAUAAUAAUGACCCUAAAGAUAAUAAAACCACAGACGAUAAUACAAAUAAAAGUAUUGCCUACAGUUAUAAUGUUUCUACAUAUGAAGGGUUCAACAGAUUUUCCAAAAUCUCUAAAACUUCAAACUCCUCUAAUAAUUCCAAUAUGAAUACCUCAAAAAACUCAAACAAAUUCUCCUUGCAAAAUAUUCUUAACCACAAUGUUAAUGACAAGUACGAUAACAAUAUCUUAGAUAAAAAAUUAGAUAAAAUAAAUAACAAUAACAAAUUAAUUCUUUUAAACAACCAACUAAUAGACAACUCAAACCAAUCCAACCAAAUCACUGAUCAGGACAAUGAAGUCGAAAAUCCCUUAUUAGAAACAAACCAAACCAUUAAUUCAAUAUCAAUUUUCUCUAAAAACUAUUUAGGUGAUUCAGACUGUACAAAGUUUUCGCUAGGUUUACAAAUUUUAAUUGUCAAUAGAAUAAAUAAUUUUUUUACAAAAAAUAAUAACAAUAACAAUAACAAUAGUAACUUGAUACCUCCACCUACUUUAGCUCCUGUUUAUUACUCUUCAACUAAUAUUCAUUGGAAUGAAAAUUAUGAAAAACAUUUUGAUUUGCCUGAUGAAAAUUACUCAAAAUUAUUAGUCAAUGCUGUCUUCAACUUUAUUGGUGAAGACUAUCUAAUUUUAAGAAAAUCAAAAGUAAUGAAUAUUGUCGAUAAAUUAUACAAUCCUUUAAAUUACAAUAAAAUUAAUAACAAUUCAAACCAAACAAUCUCAGGUGUUUCAAUCAUAGAAACUUGCCAUUUCUUUUGUAUUUUAGCUCUUGGUGAAUUGUAUUCAAUACCAACUUUAAAACUGAAUGUUGAUAGAACUCCAGGCCAAUUUUUUUUUGAAAAGGCUGUACAGAUGUUUAAAGACUCAUUUGAAGAAUCAUCUCUACUUUAUAUUGAAACAAUUUUGCUCUUUGCAUUUUACUCACUUGCAUUGAAUAGAAAGAAAAGCGCAUUCAUGUAUGUUGGAAUUGCCAUUAGAAUUUGUUAUACAAUGGGGCUUCAUCGUGAAAUUCAUCAAAAAUUACAAUUUUCUUCUGCUGAUUUAGAACACAGAAGAAGAAUUUGGUGGUGUUGUUAUGUUUAUGAUAGACUCAUAUCAAUCAGAUUGGGCCAGCCUGUUAUGGUUAAUGAUGAAUCAAUUGAUGUAAAUUUACCAUCAAUUGAAAAUUUAAAUAAGGAAGAGAUAAUUGAUUUAAGGAAACCAACCUAUUUACUACAACAUAUCAAGUUGGCAAAGAUCUCGGGAUUGAUUUUAAACACAAUUUAUUCGAUUCAAUUGAAUAUCAAAUAUAAAAACAACUUUAUUAUAAAUGUAAGAGAAAUUUUAAAUUUAUUGAGAAAUUGGUUCAAUAAUCUAAGUAAUAACAAAGAGUUUAUAAACAAUAAUCACAAAGAUGAUGAUGAUUAUUAUAUCACUAUUAAUAAUACUGAUAAUAAUAGUAAUAGUAUGAGUUUUAAGAAAAACUCAGCUUUGUAUUCGGAUAAUAAGGGAAAAUCUAACAAUGUUCAAAAAUUUAAAGAAAUUCAAUUAAACUACACUAAAGUUGAACGAGGAUUAAGACGUCAAACGUAUUCAUUGCAUUUAAAUUAUAACUAUUGUAUUAUAAUUACGACAAGACCAUUGUUUUUUUAUGUAUUUAAUAAGAUUCUAAAUGAAGAUCAAAGUUAUAAGCCUUCAGCGACAGUUAUUGCAAUUAUAAAAUCGUGUAUUAAUGCAUCUUUUGUUAAUAAUGCGAUAUUAAAUGUAUUAUUGAAGGAAAAACUCAUAGCAAUUUUUGGAUUUUUUGAUAGUAUAUAUAUGUUCAGUUCAGCAUUAAUUUUAUUGAUGGCUGAUUUUAUUAAAAAUUAUAGUGAAUUUGGGAAAAUAGUGUUUAAAAAAAUCUUUCAAAGUCCCAGAAAACAGAUUAAUGAAAAUCUGGGGAAAAAAAAGAAAAGUCGAGUUGAAGAUGAAAAUCGAAACCAAAACCAAACUCAUACUGAGAAAAAGGAUAGUGAUAAAGACAAUGAAUCAGAUGGUAAUUCAGAAUUAGCUUAUGUUGGGGGUAUUUUGAAUCCUGAAGAUUUGGCAAAUAAAAUAGCAAUAUCGCUAAUGUUAAUACGAACAGCGAGUGAAGUUGGAUCGUUAUCAGCAUUAGAUUUUUACAAUCAAAUAAUAACUUUAAAGACAUUAUUUGAUGAAUUGAUUCAUUUAAAGGUUAAUGAUGGGAAAUAUGACAAUCAAAGAGUUAUUGAAUCCAAUAAAGUUGGUAUUAAGGAGAUAGAAAUACUUCGAUCAACAACAGUGGUUCAAUGCGAAAAAUUAAUUGAGACUGAAUUAAUGAGUAAAAGAAAUGACAAUAUAAACUCAAGUAAUAAUAACACAAGAAAUAAUAAUUACUACAAUAAUAAUGUUAAUAACGAUAAUAAUAAUAAUGUUAAUAACAAUAAUAACAUUUACAAUAACAGUCCAACUAUUAAUAAUAAUUACGGAAAUUUUCCAAAUGGAAAUCCAAUUAAUAGAGUGUCCAGAUUGAGUUUGGAUGAUUAUAGAGAAAACUCAAACAACGGAUAUGAAAGUCAAAAUCAUUAUUUUGAAUUUAAUAAUCAAUUAGAUUAUGAGACUCAGUCAGUGAGGUUUUCGAGACCAACUUAUUCGAAUAUUAGAACAAAAACUGAUGGAAAUAAUAAUAUUAAUAACAAUAAUAAUAUUAAUAACAAUAAUAAUAUUAAUAACAAUAAUAAUAGUAAUGAUCAAAGGUUGAGAUAUGAACUUGACGAAUUCAAUUACAAAUACCGAGCUGAUCCCAGUGCAAACUCCAAUAACAAUAACAACAGUAACAGCAAUAAAGCAAGUUCGGUUUCACUUGGUGAGUCAAAUAAUUCUCAACUCUUGAACUUGGAAGAGUAUUUCAACAAUGCCAAUUUUAAUCUUCUCGAAGACGAAAAAUUAAGAGAGUUUUUAGACUACAAUGGCUGGUCCAAAAACUUCAAGAGCGACGGCAGCAGCAUCAGCACUCAUGUCCAGAGAAAACCCUCAACCACAAAUACCACGAACAACAGAAACGACAACAAAAAUGAGACCGGCGGCACCGCCUCACUCAUCAACAGUUACAGCAAUGCGUUAGAAGCUGUGUCUGGAUUCGAUCUGAAUGCCAACUUCAGUCUCGACGACCUCGAAACAACAGAAUUUCCAGAGCUGCUUAACCUUCCUGAGGACUUCAACGUAUUUAAGUUUUCAUAAUAAGAGCCUCACCACUGGAACACACAUGCAUCCGCAGAAGAGCACAGUGAUGUCUUUACCACCACACUGGAGUCAAUCCAGUGUUUGGGAUCACAAAGCAGCAGCAUUUACGAACGGCACUGG